AUGACUCAUUUCUUAAGCGGGGAAUGGCGCCAAUCAGAGCAGCCCGCAUCCGUCGUUGAGAACCGCUCUGUGGAUGAGAGCCGGCGUCUAAGAGUUAUUGUGAUUGGAGCUGGGAUAUCUGGCAUUUUUUCCUGUAUUCGAUUCAUUCAAAAGGUUCCGAACCUCGACUUGUGUAUCUACGAUAAGAAUCCCGAUAUUGGUGGUACCUGGUAUGAGAACAAAUAUCCAGGUUGCGCAUGCGAUAUCCCUGCCCACACCUACCAAGCAAGCUUUGAGCCCAACAAAGAAUGGUCUUCCUUCUACGCCCCUGCUGCUGAGAUCCAUCAAUAUUGGCAGCAAGUUGUGAACAAAUACGGCUGUAGAAAGUACAUGAAGCUGAAGCAGAAAGUAUCGGCCGCAUUCUGGGAUGAGAUCGACGCUCAAUGGCGAUUAGAGUUUUGUGGAAGUUCCCUGUCAAGAUAUGACCCUCGCCAUUGA